AUGAACAGGAGGGGGCUGAGUGGACAGCCUUGGUACACGCCCACCUCCUGCCGCACUGGUUCCGUCGCUCCGUCGGCCGCGUUGCCGACGACGAACCUGCGGUGCAUGCGUCGGGUUUGGUCCAGGAGCGUGGUUGCCACGAAGUUUUGCUCGUGGCAACCAUUGUACGCCCUGAACCCCUUCUGCGCCAUGAGCAGCAGCCCGUUCGCCUCCAGGUACGCCGACAGCCGACGCGCCAGCAGACCGCUGUAG